GGCAGUCGGGAGAGAGUGAAGCGAGAAGCAAGUCUGGCGGUAGAACCCAGGAAAGGUUUCAUAAUAUGGGAACACUGUCUUCUUUCUCGACUCCCGUGGCAGAGAGAUACUAAUGAUUCUUCGUUAAUUGCGCGCUGAACGUGUAAUUUCAAGUUCCUGUCGCCGGCGAAGGAAGGAGGGGGAGGAGGUGGUGGUGGUGGUGGAAGAGGAAGGACAGACAAGGACAGUCAAAGGGAAUAUUGAACUUUAGGAAGAAGGAAAUAUCGGUUGUGGAUAUCUUGGAGCUUUUGAAAUGCAGGGGCGGCGGCGGCGGUGGUGGUGGUGGGCGGUGGUGGUGGCUGUGGCAGCGACGGUGACAGGCGAGGGCUCCAGUGUGGGGGGGCGGCACUCCCAGGCACCAUACCACGCCCCCUCCCUCUCCCGACCUCUGAAGCCUCUAGACCACGCUCGCCCUCCAGACACCGAGACAGAGAGCCACACGAGCCCCAAGGAAGUGACACCUUUCCACCUUCCUCCGAGAACCUGGAAGUAUCUUAUCGACUCCUCCUUUUGGAAAAACCUCAAAGGCCGCCUUGGGGUGCCUCUUGAAGACACGUAUUUGAAUCCUGGACCCAUUGGCGACUUGCUGGAACAUUUUAAAACGGAAGACACUGUAAGAAAAGAAAAACGAAAGCGUAAGGAGGAUGAAGAGUCACUGGAACACGCUGGGACGCAAGACACCAUAAGGGAAAGGAAAGAAAAGGAAGAAAAGGGACAUUCGCUGGAACACACUCAGACAACACAUGACAAAGUAAGGAAAACAAUAGAAAAACUGCAGUAUGCUGACAAAGAGAAUGAACUGGAACACUCCAGGAAGACACAAGAGAACAUCGUAGAGAAAAGAAAAGAAAAACGGAAUCAUGAAGAAAAACAUCACUCGCUGAAACUUUCUAAGAAGACGCAAGACACGAUAAGGAAAAGAAAGGAAAAAGAAAAGCAUGGAAACAGGGACAACAAACUGGAAAAUAAGAAGAAAACGCAAGACACCAGAAGCUUAGGAAAAGAAACACUGAAUACAGACACAGAGAAAAAAGAGAAUGACGGAAAGGACUCUUCUCCCCUCCCUCACUCCGCCAUCGACCACCCCCUAAGGAAAGACGCUCAGGGGAAGGUCGUCAGCCGCCGCGCCAGGGCCAUCAAUGCUCGCGUCGCCUCUUUCACCAACCUCCCCGCCGAGCACCGCGGUUCCCUGCUUGACCUGCCCGCGGAGCACAAGGACAGUCCGCCCCUCAUACCCUUCAUACCACCCAACCCACACCAGCCGCCCCAGCCACCCGCACCCGCUCCCGCCCCGUACCAGUACCACCACCACGACCACAAGACAGGAGUGUACGUGUUUGGCUACGGCGAUGGGCAGCAGUGGCGUCACGAGGAGCGGGGUCCCAAGGGGCAGGUGCGCGGGGGUUACGGCUGGAGGGACGAGAGGGGGAAGAACCAUGUCACACACUUCGUCGCCGAUACCAGUGGCUACCGCGUGGUCCCCCGAAACAAGCAGGUUUGGAUAUUUGGCCCUCCGUCUAACCCUUUUUCCUCCUCCUCGUCCUUCUCCUCCCCCUCGCCCCCUGCCUCCUCUUUCCUCCUCCGCGCUGAGCCGUUGUCUGCAAACCAGUUGGCUACGUACCACCUUGCCUCCCCUCCACCACUACCUUCCACGUCACUCACACCACUGACCUCCACCACCCCCACCACCACCCCCACUACCACCACCACCACCACUACCAAGCCAUCCACCAUUCCUUCUACUACUACCAAACAGCCUACUACUGCCACUUCUACUACUACUACUACUACUACUAGCACACGACCUCCUACUACUACUACUUCUACUACCACUAGCAAACGAGCUCCUACAACUACUACUACGACUACUAGUACUACUACUACUGCUCCUCCUCCUCCUACUACUACUACUACUACGACUACUAAACGGCCCACCACCACUACGACUACUACUACGGAACCGUAUCCUGAAAUUUCUACAACUACUUCUACUACUUCUAAUGCCAAACGAUCUCCUAGUACAACAACAAAUGCUGCUACUAUUACUUCUGCCACUGCAUCACCACCACCAACAAAGAGUACCACAACUACCACCACACCACAUUCCACCACCUCCACUUCUACUACUACCACAACUAUUACUACCAGCACCACGCCAUCCACCACUACAACUACAACUUCUACACCACCACCUACCACCACAACAGAGCCAACUACAACACCAUCCACAUCUACCACUUCCACUACCACCAGUACCCAGCCUACAGCUCCUUCAUCACCGUCUGCCACUACCACCACCACCAUAUCUGACAUUGCCGACACCACCAUCGCCACCAUCACGCUCACGUCACCCUCCGCUGCCUCAGCCCAGGGUGAGGAAGAGCAGGACGACUCCCUUAACACCGUGGAGCCUCAGUCGCCUUCUUCAGUCCCCACCGGCCGCCCCGCCAUCGCCUACCCUCUGCCCCCACGCCCCACCUCCUGGCUGAAGCCCUCCAACACCACCAAAAAGCCCAACAGAGUGAUCACUAGGCCCUUCCGACCCGUGAACCCAAGCCCCACACGCUACCGACCCCCGCGGCCACUCAGACCCCUGCUGGACCUGCUAGGGCUGCCCAGACUCCGUCCCAGACCGCGGCCCAAACCCUAUCCUGGCUACACGAUUCGCGUCAAUGGGCCGUCCAGUGCUGAGAACUCUGUGGGGGAAGAGGAUGAAAAAAGAGAAGAGAACAACGAAUUCAUUAACAGCUUUAAGCUCAGGCCGCCGCCACGCCCCGCCCCAGGUCCCCAGAGACUGAGGCCACCGUUGGAUGAAUUGAAAGAUUCCGCCCCGCCCGCCGACAGCCAGCCAUCCGAGUCUGAGAGAGACUCCGUAUUGGAGAACUUAAUGUCACUGCUGCAAGGAGUAAGCGACUACACCGACCCAGAUUCCAACACCAAUCCGUGGUCCACACUCUACCCCUACAGGCACCAGGAGGGCGGGCAGCCAUUCCCGCCCCAACGCAACCCCACCUUCUCCCACCCCAGGCCUGGCGGGCCCGUGGAGGGCCGGCCGUCCGCUCCGCAGACUUUUAGUGGCGAGGCGUCUGUUCCUCAGCGACCACCGUUCGGCCAAUACCCGACGGACUACACUUUGCUGGAAGACUUAGAUGACUACGAGUACGCGCUCUUAGGACACGAGCCCCAUGGAGGCUCCUCGAACACGCUUGAGGGAGGCGACAACAUGAACAUCCCUGAGGGAAGCGGCGACAUGGACACCCUUGAUGGAAGCGGCGACAGCUAUGACAGUGAGGUGUCUGGGGAGACUGACAUGCUGCCCAUCUCGCCAGAAAACGAGACCGCCUUGGCCACGACCUUGGGUGUCCGAGGGAACCAACAGGAGUCUCAUACCACGUGGUCUUCCUCUCCCGCAGAGGAAAACGACUCAACUACCUUGUCUCCAUCCACAUCCUCCACCCACACCCCCUCGGCAACGCCAACCCCAAGUAGCUUCUGGACCGGCGUCCUGAACCGGCUGUACAACCUUCCCAACCUGGUGCCCGACGUACGGCAGCGGCGGCCUACUCUCCACUGAGACGUUCCCGGCCCACUGACAGUCUGCUGUGUCUGUGAUCGAGGCCCCACCAUCUGCCAACGCUAUGGGCAUUCCUUUAGGUUAAGAUGAAGGCAGCGUGUGUGAGGCAACGCUUAGAGGAUGGCGAAUACAUGUAAGGCUUAGCGAUUACUGGACCUUUCGAGCCCUGCUGAUAGAGAACCUGAUAGUGUUAAGACAUAGAUGUGAUAUAGAUGUGCUUCAUGCUAGUAGUUCAUCAUACACACACACACACACACACACACACACACACACACACACACACACACACACACACACACACACACACACACACACACACACACGUGCACACAAGGACAGACAGAGAGGAGACAUGAUAAUGAUGUACAAAUACGUAUUCAGCAACUGCCAUGUCACGAGAAACGAGCCAGGAGGCCACAUUCAAAAUUUGUUAAAGAUAAGAUGAAAAAAAAAUAUGAGAAUAAAGCUUUCCUGACAAAA